CGUGACUCGGGGAAGAUGGCCGCGCUGACGGAGGAGGUCUUUGCAGCUCUCCAGAGCCUGCUGAAGCCAAAGACCAAGAAAGGGGCGGCUUAGGAAGACAGAAAACUUUUAGACAGUCACUGCUCAACUCCACCCAAACACCGCUGAAAACACUGUGGCUCCACUGUGCCGCUCCACUGUACGGCAACAAAGUCUGAGAGGGAACACCCCCAUCGGGGCAGAGGAGGCCAAGUAGGGAGCUGGACCGCCAUCCCCACGAGCUGGUAACAAGUUCCACCACCCCACGGUACUGGUGGAAACUACUGGAGCCAGAACUUCCAUCCCUGCCCAGUAGCUACGAGGAACCCCUCCUUUUGGGUGUGAGCGGGAGCCAAGUAGGGGAGCUGGACUUCUGUCUCCAUUUGGUCGUGAUGAAGCCACAACCCCCAGCCCCACCGUGCUCGCCCUGCCUCCUGAGCAGCGUCAGAGAAAGCCAGCUAAAAUAGAAGAUUUAAAUAAGUUCCAGAGGCUCACAACGUAAUAUGGCCACGUCAUUCCUUUGUCAUGAGGCCUCCUCGAAAGAUGUUGUCAGACAGCUGUGCCAAGAGAGCUUUUCCAGUUCAGCCCUUGGCUCGAGAAAGCUCUUGGCUGUUACAUGUUCCAGCUUGUCUGUGGCCCAGGAGGAGGCAGAACAAGGCUCCCCGUCUAUCCUGCAGCUGCUCCAGGCUCUGCACCGCCUCACCAGGCUAGUGGUGUUCCGUGACCUGUCCUCCGCCGAGGCGAUUCUGGCACUCUUUCCUGAAAAUUUCCACCCAAACCUCAAAAACCUGCUGACAAAAAUCAUCCUAGAACACGUAUCUACUUGGAGAGCUGAAGCCCAAACAAAUCAGAUCUCUCUGCCGCGCCUGGUCGACCUGGACUGGAGGGUGGACAUCAAAACCUCCUCAGACAGCAUCAGCCGCAUGGCCAUCCCUACCUGCCUGCUCCAGAUGAAGAUCCAGGAAGAUCCCAGUCUGUGUGGGGAGCAGCCCUCCACGUCAGCUGUCACCGUGGAGCUGAGUAAGGAGACCCUGGACACGAUGCUAGACGGGCUGGGCCGCAUCCGGGACCAGCUCUCCGCUGUGGCCAGCAAGUAACGCGGCCAGCCGGCCCCCAGCACACGCCGUCCUCGCAGCAGGCAGCGGUGGGGACAUGGGGGCUGCCAUCCAGAAGGCGCGGUUGGACCAGGCGGAAGCAGCCAGGCCCCCGCGCUGCUUUUUCCUCUUUCCAAAGUUGGAGCAGAAGCUGCUGACCUCCCGAGGCUCCUGUGUGGGACUUAAUGACCCCUGUGGCAGCAGGAGGGAGCGUUUGCUUGGUCAGCCGCCUCCGCCUGGCUGAUUGGAAAAUUCAGGCCCAAAUUGUGGCGCUCGUCUUAAUAAGUUCCUUUCGCUCUGAGGAGCUCAUUUCCAGCUCUGGAAUGCACACAGGGAGUCAGGUGGGUGACGCCAGCAGUUCUGCUUCUCUGUCAGAGAAGCCAGGCGGAUCCCACGGGGCAGGGCCCCCUCUGCGUGCCUGCCUGCCCUGAGUCCAGAGCCUUCCCGAGCUCCCUCAGCCCUGCGGGACCACCUGGCAGCGUAGGAAGUCUGAAAUGGGAGCUCAUUUCCUUCUCAUUGGAGCCAGAGGCCCCUUCCUUGAUGUAUUGCAGAAGUAGGAGUGAUUGGAAAUAAAUAACAGUUCUAGGAA